CUAAAGUCCGAGGAAAACAGGUUACGUACGAGAUGGAUCGAUGUCUAUGAGAAGAACCAGGCUCCAUGCACAGCUGUUACAAUCUCUCUCUCUCUCUCUCUCUCUCUCUCUCUCUCUUAUUUGCUAAAUAUAACAGUGAUUGUAAGCUAACAAUAACGAUAAUUCGAUAUCUAAUGUCUUUAAUCUCAGCUCCUGUUUUACAUCCAGCGACCAUUGAAUAGCGUCUCGAUUCGAGUUCCUCCUCUAUUUUGACUCUGGCGAUUCUCCGGAUACAUAUUUGGUUCUCCUUGGCACUUUGUUGGAAUGGUGGAUGUGAAGAAUGCAACAGAAACUUGUCCUCCUGAGUCCUCUGGUGUACCAUCGUUAUCCUGCCAUAAUGAAGAUCAUUCAAACAAUGAAGCUCCAAUAAACCAUGAAGGCAUAAAUGGAAAAUCGGAACCUCACUGUGAGGGAUCAGUAAUGGAUGAUUCCAAAUUAGCAAUACAAGAUGAAACAGGACACAACAACUAUCACAAGACUCUGGUAGACGAUCCUGAAAUUACUGCUAUGGAACAUACUUUUGAUGGACCCAAAGUUGAGGAGAAGGCUUUGCUUCUAUCAGACAAGGAUCUAGUGAUAUUGGAGCCUUGGCAAGAGGAAAAUGUAAUAGGCCUCUCAGAAUCCAUCCCAUCAUUUGCCUCAGAAGCAAGCCCAAAUAAUGCUUUGCUGCAAUUUGUUCAUGCUGAUUCUGUUCACAGUUCCCAUAUGCAACCGAAUGACACUUUUGAUGGACCUGUACCUGAGCAGGAAUCCUCCCUUGCAUCAGCCAAGAAACCAAACAUAUUGGAGCCUCAAAAACAGGAAAAUGUAACAGUUCUCUUGGAAUCCAUUCCAUCAUAUACCUCAAAAGCAAAACCAAACAAUGCUUUGCAACAGUCCAUAGAAGGUGGUUCUGUUACCAGCUCCCAUGUUCAUGCUGAUAAUGUAAUUAUACAAUCUGCCUCAUCCCCUAUAGUGAAAGACAUCGAAAAUGACCAUCAUGUGGUGCUAUCAAAUGAGGUUGGUCAGCCCCAAUUUGAUGUUGCCAAGGCUUCCAUUAUAACAACAGAGAUCAUCGACCCUUCUAAACAUCUUAAAAGGAUCAACACAAACAAAGGUCUGAUAGAUACAGCAGCGCCUUUUGAAUCUGUGAAAGCUGCUGUUUCCAAGUUUGGUGGAAUUGUUGAUUGGAAGGCACAUAAAGUCCAGGCUGUGGAGAAACGCAAGAUUAUAGAUCAGGAGCUUGAGAAAGCACAUGAGGAGAUUCCAAUGUAUAAGACACAGUCUCAGGCUGCUGAAGAUGCCAAAAUUCGCGUUUUAAAGGACCUAGAUGGCACUAAGAGACUCAUUGAAGAAUUGAAACUCAACCUUGAGAGAGCACAGACAGAAGAGCAACAAGCAAAACAGGAUUCUGAACUUGCCAAGCUCAGAGUGGAAGAGAUGGAACAAGGGAUUGCUGAUGAGGUUAGUGUGGCAGCAAAGGCACAGCUUGAGGUUGCCCGUGCCAGGCAUGCAUCUGCUGUUUCUGAGCUGAAAACUGUGAAAGAUGAGUUGGAAGAACUUCGUAAAGAUUAUUCUUUAUUGGUGACUGAGAGAGACCUAGCUGUUAUGAGAGCUGUUGAGGCUGUUUCUGCAUCCAAAGAAGUUGAGAAGACAGUGGAGAAAUUGACAAUUGAGCUAAUUGCCACAAAGGAAUCUUUGGAGUCUGCACAUGCUGCUCAUCUGGAGGUAGAAGAACAAAGAAUUGGUGUAGCUAUAGUAAGAGAGCAAGAUGCUGUCAAUUGGGAAAAGGAAUUGAAGCAUGCAGAAGGGGAGCUGGAGAGACUAAACCAGCAUAUUUUGUCAGCAAAGGAUCUCAAAUCAAAGCUAGAUACUGCUGCAGCUUUUCUUGCAGACUUGAAAUAUGAAUUAGGAGCUUAUAUGCAAUCAAAAUUGAAGCCAGAAAAUAAUGAUGAAGAGCACUUGAAUGGUGACCCGGAAGAGGAACUGGAGAAGAGGACACACACAGAGAUACAAGCAGCAAUUGUGUUGGCCAAGAAAGAACUUGAAGAAGUGAAACUCAACAUUGAGAAAGCCACAUCUGAAGUAAAUUGCUUGAAGGUGACAGCCACAUCAUUAGAGACGGAGGUGGAAAGUGAAAAGUCUGCUCUUGCAACCACUAGGCAGAGAGAAGGAAUGGCAUCAGUAGCAGUUGUAUCUCUUGAAGCAGAGUUGAGCAAGACUAAGUCAGAGAUUGUUGUUGUUCAGAUUAAGGAGAAAGAAACAAUAGAGAAGAUGGUAGAGCUGCCCAAGCAAUUACAGGAGGCAGCUCAAGAAGCAGAUGAAGCCAAGUCAUUUGCUCAAAUGGCUCAUGAGCAUUUAUGCAAGGCAAAGGAAGUAGCAGAGCAAGCAAAGGCUGGAGCAAGUACCUUGGAGAGUAGACUACUUGCAGCUAGAAAGGAGAUAGAGGCUGCAAAGGCUUCGGAGAAGUUGGCAUUGGCAGCUAUCAAUGCUCUGAAAGAGAGCGAAUCAGCUCAAAGCACCAAUGACAUGGAUUUGCCAGCUGGAGUAACUCUUUCUCUAGAAGAGUACUAUGAACUCAGCAAGCAGGCCCAUGACGCAGAAGAACAGGCUAAUGUGAGGGUGGCCACUGCCAUCACCCAAAUUGAGGUAGCCAAGGAAUCUGAGUUGAGAAGCUUGAAAAAAUUAGAGGAAGUUAGCUGUGAAAUGGGUGCACAAAAGGAAGCACUGGAAAUUGCAAUGCAGAAGGCUGAGAAUGCGAAGGAAGGGAAGUUGGGUGUAGAACAAGAAUUGAGAAAGUGGAGGGCUGAGCAUGAGCAACAACGAAAAGCUGGUGAUUCUGGUCACGUGGCAGUGAAUCCUAUUAGGAGUCCAAGGACAAGCUUUGAGGAAAAGAAUGAAUCGAAGAACUUUAUCCAGUUGCCAGAUGCUGUAUCUAUCUAUCAGAGUCUGAGUCAUAAGGCAUUUCCGCCUGAAAGUAACACUGAAACCGAUUCUUCCUCAGACGUUAAGGUUGCGAAGAAAAAGAAGAGGUCGUUCUUCCCUCGGAUUUUCAUGUUCUUGGGCAGAAGGAAGGCUGCUCAUGCAGCCAAGUCAACAUGAUCUCCCAUCAAUGCUGGUACAUGUGAUCCUUGAUGUUGUGUGCUGCCUUUACUUUUUGGGCAGUUUCUUGCAGUGACCAGAAAAUGUGUACAUUUUGACAGAGUUUCUCUAUUGUACAUGUUGGGUAUGGUAUAUUCUUUGUAUGAUAAUUUGAUUGGAUUAUAUAUAUAUACUUUUUUUCUUUUUUAUUUUAUUUGAUCAGAAAUGUGAUAUUGUUUUUGACUGGAGGGUUUGGAAAGAGUUUAUAAGUAAUCUGUAAUGCAUCACUUGCUUGCGACACUAGAAUGUCA